CACAUGCCUUCUUGAGAAGAAGGAGAACCAUUAGCCAGGUGGGGCUGGAGAGUGCUUGGUGAGGAAGAGGAGGUUCCUGCCACAAACCACCUUGUCCCGUAGAUCCUUCCAGAAGGCCCUGGGCUGGCUGGGAGUUAGGGCCAGAGAAGUAGAUCCCCCAGGCUCUCAGAGGCUGGCAGGCACCUUGUUCCUUUCGAUGAUGAUGAAGGUGCUGCUUAUCUGCAUGGCAAGUUGCCUCCUGGUGGUGAAUGGUGGAGACCUCAUCAAUCGCUGUGCCUUGGCCAAGAUACUGCACGAGGAGGACUUGGAUGGGUUUGAGGGCUACUCCCUGGCCGACUGGCUGUGCUUGGCUUUUGUGGAAAGCAACUUCAACACAUCAAAGGUGAACGAGAAUGUAGACGGCAGCUUCGACUACGGCAUCUUCCAGAUCAACAGCCAUUACUGGUGCAAUGACUACCUGAGUCAUUCAGAGAACUUCUGCCACAUGGACUGUGAAGAUAUGCUGGGUCCCAACCUCCUUCCAUCUAUCCACUGUGCGAAAAAGAUUGUGUCUGGAUCAGGAGGGAUGAGAAACUGGGUAGAGUGGAGGUUGCACUGUUCAGAACGGCCGCUCUCCUAUUGGAUGACAGGAUGCCAUCUGGGAUGAACCAGGGUGCAGACCCCUGGAGAGUCACUCCAGAACCCCCGCUCUACUGGGAGAUUCUUCACUACUUCAUCUUCUUGCUUUCACCUCACACUAUUUUCUUCUCUUCCCACUCACAAGUAAAACUGACCAGAGUCCCAGGGGAAAAUGUCUUACGGAGGUUCCCUGCUUGUGUUCAUCCAGACCCAGUUCCUUUGUUCUAAACUGUCAUUUGCAAACCAAGAAGACGUCAAAUAAAUACAAUUAUUUUUUAAAAAUUUAUUAAAGCAUACUCUGGGCAAA